AAGUCUACUCCCUUCCCCUUGGUGUUUGCCGGUUCCACUCUAUCUCUAUAUACCCAUCUCACCUCUCUCACUCAUUCAGGUCAAUCAAUCAUUCCUUCCUUCUCUUCUGAUUCCAAAUCACAGACCCUUCUCCUUCCCUCUCUACAAUCUUCUUCUCUAACCUUCGUUUCCCUCUCUCCCAUGGCUUCCGAUCUCGAAGCUAAAGCCAAAGAGGCCUUCGUCGAAGACCACUACGAGCUCGCCGUCGACCUUCUCACUCAGGCCAUUCACCACGAGCCCACCAAAGCCGAACUCUACGCCGACCGCGCCCAAGCCAACAUCAAACUCAACAACUUCACUGAGGCUGUUGCUGAUGCGAACAAAGCAAUUGAAUUGAAUCCAUCUCUACCAAAAGCGUAUUUGAGGAAAGGUACUGCAUGCAUGAAGCUUGAGGAGUAUCAAACUGCAAAGGCUGCUCUGGAGAUGGGUGCAUCAUUGUCUCCGGAGAACUCAAGAUUUGCUAAUUUGAUCAAAGAAUGUGAUAAGCUCAUUGCAGAAGAAUCUUAUUCCAUGCCUAUACAGGAAAAGGCCACAAUAGAAGAUGUUACUCCAAAAGAUACUCAGCAACAGGAUGAUCUUCCAGAGAAGCCAACAGUGGCAGUGACUAAACCUAAAUAUAGGCAUGAAUUCUACCAGAAACCUGAUCAGGUGGUUGUAACCAUAUUUGCAAAGAAAAUUCCAAAGGAAUGCAUUACUGUUGACUACGGUGAACAAAUACUAAGUGUUAGUAUUAAUGUCCCUGGAGAAGAUGCAUAUGUUUUUCAAAGUCGCUUAUUUGGAAAGAUCAUACCUUCCAGUUGCCGGUAUGAAGUUUUGUCCACCAAAAUUGAAAUUCGCCUUGUGAAAGCAGAACCUAUUCACUGGGCAUCACUAGAAUUCACAAGAGACAUUACAGUUGCUCCGAGAGUGAAUGUUUCUUCAGUUACUGGAAGUCAGAGACCUUCUUACCCAUCCUCAAAACCAGCAAGAGAUUGGGACAAAAUUGAAGCUGAAGUCAAGAAAGAGGAGAAAGACGAAAAGCUUGAUGGCGAUGCUGCGUUGAACAAAUUUUUCCGGGAAAUAUAUCAAGAUGCUGAUGAGGAUACAAGAAGAGCAAUGAAGAAGUCAUUUGUGGAGUCUAAUGGGACAGUGCUGUCUACAAACUGGAAAGAAGUGGGAUCAAAGAAGGUAGAGGGAAGCCCUCCUGAUGGCAUGGAGUUGAAGAAAUGGGAAUAUUGAGACAUUUUCUGGAUCUACGUUAUAUAUAUUUUGGUGUUGGAUUAUACUUUGGAUUUGUUUUGGUGGUUAGCUACCUUAUGAACUAAAUAUUUGUUUUCUUGAAUUAUUUUUAAUUGUCAUGACUCAUGGGGUGUGUCCGUCUUCGCUAAGACCUGAAUUAAUGGUUGUUGGUUGAGUUGAGGACAAGGCUGUUUCUACUUUCUAUUUAGUGAAUAUAAUGCCACUUUCUGUUUUA